GGACUGUGCAACAUCAAUCGAAAGAUGAGUGCUGACGAUGGAAUUCCUGAAGGAACCUUGCAAAACCUGAUCGACCAAAAGUCGCUCCGAUGGAUCUUUGUCGGUGGAAAGGGAGGUGUAGGGAAGACGACGACUUCAUGCUGUUUGGGCGUGACGCUUGCUUCGCAUCGGGAGAAGGUGCUGAUCGUGUCCACGGAUCCUGCGCACAACUUGAGCGAUGCGUUCAGCCAGCGCUUCACGCGCGAACCGACCCUUGUGAACGGAUUCUCGAACCUGUUCGUCAUGGAAAUCGACCCCACCAUUGAGAUGGAAGAAAGUGCCGAUGGGGUGUCGGAUGAAUCUGGCAUGCAAUCGUUCAUGAAAGACUUGACGAAUUCGAUUCCCGGCAUUGACGAAGCCAUGAGUUUCGCAGAAUUGAUGAAGCAAAUCCAAACCAUGGACUACGACGUGAUUGUGUUUGACACGGCGCCGACGGGGCACACACUGCGUUUGCUGAGCUUUCCCACGGCAUUGGACAAGGCCUUUGGCAAGAUCAUGGCGCUGAAGAACCAAUUCUCGGGGAUGUUUGGCCAAGUGUCGGCCAUGCUCGGCGGCGCGCUCCCUUCGGAGGAAGCGCUCGUGGGCAAGUUGGAGCAGACCCGCGAAGUGAUCCAAAAGGUGAAUGCGCAAUUCAAGGACGCGGACCGCACCACGUUUGUCUGCGUGUGCAUCCCCGAGUUUUUGUCGCUGUACGAAACCGAGCGGUUGGUCCAGGAGUUGACCAAGUACGACAUUGACGUUCACAACGUGGUUGUGAACCAAGUGUUGUAUCCAGAAGAAGGGUCGACAUGCAACAAUUGCUCGGCGCGGCAAAAGAUGCAGCAAAAGUACUUGGACCAAAUCUAUGACUUGUACGAAGACUUUCACGUGUUGGAAAUGCCGCUGCUCAAUGAAGAAGUGCGCGGCGUGCCGGCGCUCAAGUCAUUUGCGAAAAACAUGAUCACGCCGUACCAAGGCUAAGGAAGCUUACGUCGUAACAAGCACGCAAAUGGAAUCCCGAGUGUUUAUUCUUACGACGAAUCGCCGCUGCUGUCGCUGUAGGCUCCCACUAGCGCCACCACGGGCGCUUUCACUGGUUUCGACGCUGCUAUCUUGUUAGUCUUUGGCGUUUUGGCUUUGAUUUUGAUCGAUGGUUUGGGUGCCACCACCACGUCGUUGUUUGUGUGAUCGGAGGUCAACCCGGCACCACUGGAUUUCGCCACCUUGUUGGCGACGUUGAUCGACUCGGUGGGCGCUAGCUUUCGCUUGCGGAAGGCUUCCAUUUGUGCCUGAAUGGCAGCUUCGUCCAAUAUGUGUUCGGACGGCGCCGGCUCGUCCACUUGUUUGAAUUUGGUCAAAAUCGCAUCCGUGUCGACCUUGGCAUGGCGCUGGUUGAUCGCUUUGAUCUCGUCGAGGGCGUCGAUGAUGUCCAUUUCCCGCUUCGAGUCCAACGUUCGAUUCUCCAAUGCCUUCAUCGAGUCUCCUUUCUCCUCUUCCUCCCGUUCCUUGAGAAUGGCUGCCUCGUCAGCUUCGCGCUCGCGCCACUGCUCAAAGUUCCGUUUGCAUCCGUGUUCGGUGGCAUAGUCCCCGUUCUUCGGAUCAGUCUUGAACGUGAUCUCGUUGGAGCACAUGGAACAUCGAAUGUAAAACCGAAAGAUCUUGACGCCAAAGUAGUCUUCGUCCAUCACGUCUUCCUUGCGCGAGUUAAACUUCUUCCCUUGGUACAUGAACUCGCCACACGCAUUGCACUGGAUCGAAAACGGUAACAUCAUGCGCACCUCAAUCUGCUUGUUCUUUGGGAUCUUCCGCCGAGGGAUGAGUCUCGGGUCGAAGUCCGGCGGGAAGUACUUGUUCAAGACCUUGCGUUCCCCCAUGCUGCUUCUGUCGCUUGGAUUUGAUGUGUGGCACGC